CUUUCUUUCAUGCGGACUUGACACAGAGUUGGUUUCAUCGACUGGAAAGUGUUGCUUUGCAAAACCAGGCUAACACGGUCAGCAGGAGAUCUGUCAGUCUGAAUAUAAAGUGUCUCUGAGACACAGGAGCUUCUCUCUAGUCGUUGGGGCUACUAAACCUCUAAAGAUGACAGAGCUCAGGCACCGUGGAGCCGAAACACCGAUACAAACACAGCCGUCAGAGGACAAGGGUUCAGACAGCGAGCUGAAGGUGGAGAAAGAUGGAGCGUCAGAUGGCGAGUCCAAGGUGGAUUCAGGCGGCCCCGAGGUGCCGGUCCCAGCUGAUGACACCCCUGAGGUUUUAAACAAGGCUCUGUCUGGACUCUCCUCAAGAUGGAAGAACUGGUGGGUCCGAGGCAUCCUCACACUAGCCAUGAUCUCCUUCUUCUUCCUCAUCAUCUACCUGGGCCCUAUAGUGCUUAUGAUGAUCGUCCUCUGUGUUCAGAUAAAGUGCUUCCAGGAAAUCAUCACCAUCGGCUACAGCGUGUACCACUCCUACCACCUGCCCUGGUUCAGGACGCUGAGCUGGUACUUCCUGCUGUGCGUCAACUACUUCUUCUAUGGGGAAACCGUGACCGACUACUUCUUCUCUCUGGUGCAAAGAGAGGAGCCGCUUCGCAUCCUCAGCAAAUACCACCGGUUUAUCUCCUUCGCCCUCUACCUCACAGGUUUCUGCAUGUUUGUGCUGAGUUUGGUGAAGAAGCACUACCGCCUGCAGUUCUACAUGUUUGGUUGGACCCAUGUGACUCUGCUGAUCGUGGUGACCCAGUCUCACCUCAUCAUUCACAACCUGUUUGAGGGGAUGAUCUGGUUCAUUGUGCCAAUUUCCUGUGUGAUCUGUAACGACAUCAUGGCCUACAUGUUUGGUUUCUUCUUCGGGCGCACCCCUCUCAUCAAGCUGUCCCCUAAGAAGACAUGGGAGGGAUUCAUCGGUGGAUUGUUCUCCACCAUUGUGUUCGGCAUCAUGCUCUCCUACGUGAUGUCUGGCUGGCGUUACUUCGUCUGCCCGGUGGAGUUCAACAACGACUCCAACCGCUUCCAGGUGGACUGCGAGCCAUCGGAGCUUUUCCAGCUGCAGGACUACUCCCUGCCCGCCGUCCUGGCCUCCUUCACCGGAUGGACCACGGUGCGUCUGUAUCCGUUCCAGAUCCACAGCAUCGCUCUCUCCUCCUUCGCCUCCAUCAUGGGACCCUUUGGAGGAUUCUUCGCCAGCGGCUUCAAGAGAGCCUUCAAGAUCAAAGACUUUGCCAACACGAUCCCGGGUCACGGUGGCAUUAUGGACCGAUUCGACUGCCAGUACCUCAUGGCCACCUUUGUGAACGUCUACAUUGCCAGCUUCAUCAGGGGCCCGAACCCCAGCAAGGUGAUCCAGCAGCUCCUGGCGCUGCGCAUCGACCAGCAGCUCAACAUCUUCAACUCCCUGAAGGCUCACCUGACGGAGAAGGGUUUCCUGCCGGCGCUGGAGGAGGUCGCCGCCUAGAACCAUUCCCCCCUCGGCCCACUGGUGGGGAAGGAGGGCAGCACCCCGAGGACCCCCAGCUGACCCGGAACACUCGUUGUGUGAGCGAAAAAACACAUCAGAGAAAAAAAAGAAAAACGACAAAAAACUUCAGCUUUUGUUCAUUCCACGUCCUUUGGUUUGAGAGUCCAGUGUUUGUGAGUUCCUGUACUGUCACGCCUCUCCGUUAUAGACGACUUGUAUUAACACUGUUGCUCAGAUAGACAUUUCUACCUGGUUAUCCUCUAUAUACUUAUUAAUGUGUGUUUUUCUUUCUAAAUGCACUGCUCUCAACCCUCACUGUAAUGUACUGUAACCCCCCCCCCCCCUCCUCCUCCACAGGUUUUAAGUUUCUCUGUUGUGAUUGUUUAUAUUUAUACAUAGAUGGUUUUUAUAUUUGUUUUAUUAUAUCUUAAUGUUGUGUCUGUUUAAAUUCAGACUUAAUUCACCUUUGCCAUUCGCCACGUGCAUUUGAGUUUUUCCUUUUUUUUGUGCCAUUCAACAUUUCAUAAGAGCCAUUGACAUAAUUUGAUCUUUAUUAACCAACAGUAAUGUCCCUCUGAAGAAUGUUAAGUUACCCUGAAGUGUUUGACAGGAUCAGUUACAGAUACAAUCCUCCGUACAAGAAUAGUGUUUUAUUUGAAGGCGACUGACACCAGCACCCUUUCAGAAUAAUGGUCAAUAAUUUGCAGAAAAGUUGUCGAUGACACAAUCAUGUUUUGUUUAAUUGGCUUUAACUCUGUUACGUAGUUUUUAUCUCUAGGGUGUGUGGGUGUGUGGGUGUGUGUGUGUGUGUGUGUGUGUGUGUGUGUGUGUGUGUCCGUCCUGAUAGCCAUUUCAACAUGUUGUACAGAAAGGACCAUGUGAUAUUUAUACCAGUGACGAAUGUUUGCUUCAUUUGGUGGUUAAAAUAUAAAAGAUUCUCUAAUGCUGAGUUUAUUUUGUUUUGUUUUCUUAAGGGGAAACACCCAGGGUAAAAAGGGCGAACAAAUUGGAAUUUCUUGCGUUAUGUUACUUCAUUUUAUUGAGCUACAUGGUUAGCUUCGCUGGCAUUUAGACAUUUGAAGUUUAAAUUAGGCGUCACCCCUUGAAUGAGCACAUUUCCUUGAAGCCUUUGCAUUACAAGUCUUUUAGACAGCACACUUGGUUAUUUUUAACUAAAAAGCAACUGAUGUACAACAUAUUUUCUUGCAUUUUAAGACUAAGAACUAGAAUAUCUGUUUGAGUUUUUGAUGAUAUUGAUAAAGAAAGGUAAAGCUGUUCUGCCAUGUGCUCAAAACUUCCAAAGCGGCCUAUAAACUGUUACAGGACAUCAACGAAUGGUCACAUGUUUCUGGGUUAUUUUGGGAACAAAGAUCUGUAUGCAAUGUACGUGGGUCCAACUCUGGUUAGAUAAAGCUCUUACUAUCAACAUAAUCAUCCAAUCACAUCAUGGCUGUGCACAUUCAUCCUUUUGUUCCCAUCCAAUCAGAAAAAAUGUGAUUUAUCCUCGUCAGUGAAAACCAAAUCAAGUACCUUACGUGUAAAUGUAACCCAGGCGAAAUUUUUCUGUGUUUAUUUGUAAAGGAAACAGCAAUAUGAACAAUCAUACAGCAGUCAGUGUAGCAGAAAUGUGAAGUUUAGUAUCUUAAUGCUAUUCUUAAAAAAUAAAAUAACAGCUUACCUUUGUGCUAUUAUCCGUGACUGCUUCACAUAAUCAUUUGGGAAAUAGUUUGCCAUUUAAAUAUCCUUUUAAUGGGUUCUGUCCUCAGAAAAAUCUGUAUAUUUUUAAGCAAAUUACCCAAUUAUUUUGUAACGCAACAUAUGCUUUAUUAUGGCAAUCAAUUUCUAAACGUUUUCAGAAAUAGUUGAUGUAUAAACUUGACAUUUUCCCCCUUUUUGAAUGUUGUUCCACUCAUAAUUGAACAUCUCAUUUCACGUCUUAUCUUCUUAAAGUAAUUAUUUACUGUGAGAAAAAGCUUUUCAAAGUGACUAUAUUGUACAUUUCAGAAGAUGUUUAGAAACUGUGUAUUUCAGUAUUUUUGGUUAGAGGUAUAUUUAAAGUAUUGCCAUAUAGGAGGGAGUAUGAAAGCAGCAAAGUAUUUUUAUGUCUUCUUUUCUUGCUGUGACUUCAGUGCCGUUGAGUGUUUUUUAGGCUUAUCCACUGUAACUGUAAUCAAAGCAUUGCAGCGUUGCAUCGUCUCCAGAAAACGUAUGUUUAGGACUGGUGUCUCGGCAUUUAUAGAUAUGUUAUAUUUCUACUUUUGAGGUAAUUUCCCUGCAGCUCUGUACUGCCAUUACUCUCUCCGUCCACUAGAGAGCGCUGCAGCUCCUGAGAUUUAACACUGAUGCUGAAGAAAGCUUUCUUACUGCUGUUGAAUACAUUCCAGUAAGUUAAAAAACAUGAAUAAUACCACUAUUUAAAGAAGAGUUGUUUGUUUUAUGGCACCUGUUAUGCCAUUUUUAAUCAACACAGUGCCCUCUUCUUAAGGAAUGUACGUCUCACAUGCUGUUUCUUUUGGUGGACAUUUUAUUUUGUGCUUAUCUUAAGAAGCUGUAUGAUUUCAGUAUACUAUUCUUAAAACUGUGCAAUGGUUUGUGUUGACAUUUUGUCUAGAGAAAAAAACUUGUACUCUUUGAUGCUGAAAUGUGCUUUGCCUUAGUUUAAAGAAAAUUAAAGUAUAAAAGAA